AUGCUCACUCGAAACGGCCUGUGCCGUGUCUGCCAAGAAGCACGCUCUCUGCAGCGAACAGCUGAGCCAGCUCGGCGCACGAUCUCGACCUCUGCGCGCUCAACAGCCGCUCAGAAAGCGCAGGGCAGUCAGAAGGGCAAGUCCGUCGGCUUCAAGGGCGGUGCAAAAGGCUCUGCGCCUGCCAGAGAGGGAGGUGCAGCGAGUGGUGGCUCUCGCUUCUUGCUCGAUCAAUCGCUCGUCAAGCCAGCAGUCACAUUGAGCCACCUCCCGUUCCUCUCAGCUAGCAAUGCAACGGAGACUGCAAUUGGCAGGCCGCAUCGCUUCCCUGCAGAGGCGACGUCCCUCUUUGGCAGCUUUGGCAUACCCGCUUCGCUUGCAGAUCACUUCCAGUACACGACUGAGCCAGCGAGUGUUCUCCGAGCCUCGACGGUCAACCUGCACACGCGACUCGACAACGCUGCUGGGCAGUCUUCAGCCAAGCAUCGUGUCAUCCUAGUGGGCGAUUCGGGCAGUGGCAAGUCAAUGACGAUGCUGCAGAUCAUGACGCUCCUCAAGCCAACCUGGGCAAUCCUGUAUAUACCCAACGCUGUGAAGCUCGUCGACGCUUCUUCGCCAUACACAUACUCGAGGGAAGCCAAAAUGUUCGUGCAGCCGACGUUGUCGGCCAGCAUACUGCGCAGCUUCGCCAGCGUCAACGAGAGUCUUCUCACCGGCACACCAGACGGCAAGCAGCUACUCUCCAUCGCGAAGCAAGGAGCGGACAAGGGCGGUCAAGCAGCAGUAGAUGCGCUCGAUCGUGUCUUUGCUGCCGUCACGAAGCAGUCCAGCGUCCCCAUACUCAUCGCGGUAGAUAGCGUACAAGCCUUGUUCCGCACAUCUGCAUACAAGGACACUACCAAUAAACCACUCGAGGCCUAUGCUCUGUCGAUACCUAGGCUAUUGCUCGAGCUCUUUGCCGGUCAAAGAUCCAUUGUCAAUGGUGCGCUACUCGGUGCAAUCUCGACGCUCGAAACACCCUGGCAAUCGCCUGCUCUGCCAGCUUCGCUCGGACUGGUCAAAGCUCAUCCGUAUGCUGAUCUGGGCGAUCCGCUCUACAGCGCGUUUGCGAAGACGAUCGAGCCAGUGGCAGUGCCAGCGCACAUGCCUGCAAGAGAAGCAGAGGGGCUCUCGAGCCUGCUACGAGACUCGCAACACAUCCACGGCAGUCUGUCCAACAGGCUGUAUGUACAGACGAUGCUGAGCACGAGCGGCAACCCCCGUCAGAUGUUGUAG